GGAGGCGGCGGCCGGGUAGGAAGAGGAGGAGGCGGAGGCGUUCGCGGCGUUCACCCGCCAGCCUGUUCGCUCGGUUUCCCCGCCCCCGCCGGUCUCGCCGUGGCUGAAGGGAGCUGAAUCUGUGCUGUCGUAGCCUGACCUCAUCCUGGCCGGCUACUGUAAGACCGGAUCCGCAUCCAAACCAACAUCCCUUUCGGGGCGUCUGCGGCGCGGUCUCCGCUGGGCGCAGGCGGGCGGCCCAGGUUCCUGAAGGUUACCGAGUGCAUGAGCUCCUAGCCUCCCGCGCUGCCCCGCCCGCCGGCCCGCGGGCCCGCCCGCCGGCUCGCCCGCCCGCCCCUUGGCGCCCGACGGUGGCGGCGGCGGCGGAGACGGCCGCAGGAGGCGCCGUCUCCCUCCCAGGUGCGCGCUUCGCUCCCGGAGCCGCGGCACUCGGAGGCCGCCAUGGCGUCCAACAUGGACCGGGAGAUGAUCUUGGCCGAUUUUCAGGCAUGUACUGGCAUUGAAAAUAUUGAUGAAGCUAUUACACUGCUUGAACAAAAUAAUUGGGACUUAGUGGCAGCUAUCAAUGGUGUAAUACCCCAGGAAAAUGGCAUUCUACAAAGUGACUAUGGAGGUGAAACUAUACCAGGACCUGUAUUUGAUUCAGCAAGUCAUCCAGUUCCAGCUCCUGCUCCCUCUUCCUCAUCGGCAUUUCGACCUGUAGUGCCAUCUAGGCAGAUUGUAGAAAGGCAACCUCGGAUGCUGGACUUCAGGGUUGAGUACAGAGACAGAAAUGUUGAUGUGGUUCUUGAAGACAGCUGUACUGUUGGAGAAAUUAAACAGAUUCUAGAAAAUGAACUCCAGAUACCUGUGUCUAAAAUGCUGUUGAAAGGCUGGAAGACUGGAGAUGUGGAAGACAGUACGGUCUUAAAAUCGCUACAUUUGCCAAAAAACAACAGUCUUUAUGUUCUUACACCAGACUUGCCACCACCUUCAUCAUCUAGUCAUACUGGUGCCCUGCAGGAGUCAUUAAAUCAAAACUUCAUGCUGAUCAUCACCCACCGAGAAGUCCAGCGGGAGUACAACCUGAACUUCUCAGGAAGCAGUACCAUUCAAGAGGUAAAAAGAAACGUGUAUGACCUUACAAGUAUCCCUGUUCGCCAUCAGUUAUGGGAGGGCUGGCCACCUUCUGCCACAGAUGACUCAAUGUGUCUUGCUGAAUCAGGACUCUCUUAUCCCUGCCAUCGACUGACAGUGGGAAGAAGAUCCUCACCUGCACAGACCCGGGAGCAGUCUGAGGAGCAAAGCACCGAUGUUCAUAUGGUUAGUGAUAGUGAUGGAGAUGACUUUGAAGAUGCUCCUGAAUUUGGGGUGGAUGAUGGAGAAGUAUUCGGCAUGGCAUCAUCUGCCCUGAGAAAAUCUCCAAUGAUGCCAGAAAACGCAGAAAAUGAAGGAGAUGCCUUAUUACAAUUUACAGCAGAGUUUUCUUCAAGAUAUGGAGACUGCCAUCCUGUAUUUUUUAUUGGCUCAUUAGAAGCUGCUUUUCAAGAGGCCUUCUAUGUGAAAGCCCGAGAUAGAAAGCUUCUUGCUAUCUACCUCCACCAUGAUGAAAGUGUAUUAACCAACGUGUUCUGCUCACAAAUGUUAUGUGCUGAAUCUGUUGUCUCAUAUCUGAGCCAAAAUUUUAUAACCUGGGCUUGGGAUCUGACAAAGGAUGCCAAUAGAGCAAGAUUUCUGACGAUGUGCAAUAGACACUUUGGCAGUGUUGUUGCACAGACCGUUCGGACUCAAAAAACAGACCAGUUUCCACUUUUUCUGAUUAUUAUGGGAAAGCGAUCAUCUAACGAAGUGUUAAAUGUGAUACAAGGUAACACAACAGUGGAUGAGUUAAUGAUGAGACUCAUGGCUGCAAUGGAGAUCUUCACAGCACAGCAACAGGAAGAUAUAAAGGAUGAGGAUGAACGUGAAGCCAGAGAAAAUGUGAAGAGAGAGCAAGAUGAGGCCUAUCGCCUUUCACUUGAAGCUGACAGAGCAAAGAGGGAAGCUCAUGAGAGAGAGAUGGCAGAACAGUUUCGCUUGGAGCAGAUUCGAAAAGAACAAGAAGAAGAGCGGGAGGCCAUUCGGCUCUCCUUAGAGCAAGCCCUGCCUCCAGAGCCAAAAGAAGAAGAUGCUGAGCCUGUUAGCAAAUUGCGGAUCCGGACCCCCAGUGGAGAGUUCCUGGAGCGGCGUUUCCUGGCCAGCAAUAAGCUCCAGAUUGUCUUUGAUUUUGUAGCUUCCAAAGGAUUUCCAUGGGAUGAAUUCAAGUUACUGAGCACCUUUCCUCGGAGAGACAUAACCCAGCUGGACCCAAAUAAAUCAUUAUUGGAGGUAAAGUUGUUCCCUCAAGAAACCCUUUUCCUUGAAGCAAAAGAGUAAACACGGCCCAGUGGUGGACCCCGCCGUCCCUUGACAAGCAGAGGCCCACAUCAGGAGAAGGGCUCUUUGCCAUCCCACCUACACGCUCGUCUCACAGAGUUCAAUGUCACACUUCUGCCUCUUGCAAGAUUGCUGGAAAAAAAAGUAAUAAUAAACAUAGCUACUUAAAAUGUC